AUGACUUUUUCUAUGCUCAUUUACCUGUCCCGAAAAGCGGGCACCACGCCGGAGCAAUUCAAGGCUCACUACGACAAUAAGCAUGUACCUCUUAUCAAGGAGGUGGCCGGCUCGACUUUUCCGCUGACGCACACGCGGUAUUACAUCCGCCGGUCUGAGGGCCAGGCCGAGGGUACAACCCGCAAUGCUACCACCCCAGCGCAGGUUUUUCUUGGCACGCAAUCGGAUUUCGAUGUCGACGCUGUUGUCAUCUUGACUUUUACCGAUGAAGCGGCGUUCCAGGAAUUCUUCCAGAUCACGCAUUCCCCUGAGAAUGCGGCCAAGGUGGUUGCUGAUGAAGAACUUUUCCUCGAUCGCACACAGACGCGCGCUGUCGCUUUGGGCUCCACUGAAGUUACUCAGAAGGAUUAA